AUGUCACAAGUCUUACCGCCAGGGUGGAUAGAAGAGAAUCAACAGCAGUAUCAGAAUCAUAAUCAGCAGCAGUAUCAGAAUCAUAAUCAGCAGCAGUAUCAGAACCAACAGCAGUAUCAAAAUCAGCAUCAACAGUAUCCACAGCAGCAGUAUCCACAGCAGCAGUAUCCACAGCAGCAGUAUCCACAGCAGCAGUAUCCACAACAGCAGUAUUCACAACAGCAGUAUCCACAACAGCAGUAUUCACAACAGCAUUCCGUAACAGUAAAUAAAAUACAACCACAACUACCACAACUGCCACAACCGCCACAACCACAACCGUCACAACAACAUUAUUCUUAUAAUACUACUGCUUAUAACAAUGUAGUGAAUCCCAUGCCACCGCCACAACAACAACAAAUUUCAACUUAUAAUGUAGGCUCUAAUGCAGUCGUCCCUCAUUCAGCACAAACUAAUAAUCAAAAUUAUAAUAAUACAACUCAAACUACUACUUAUCAACAACAACACCAACAGCCUGCACCAAUUGUAAAAGCAGCAGCAGUUGGUGUAAAAGCGACAGCUGUUGGACAACCAUAA